CCGCGACGGGACGGGCUCGCCUUGGUCUCCGGCCCGGCCCUUCCCGGGGCUGCGCCACCCUGUGUCUCCCCGUCAGCCGCAGAUCCCUCGCCCUGAGCGGGGCUGGCCCCGGCCUGCUCGUCCCCUCCGCCCCGUGGCCGCUCGGCUGCGUGGGCAAAGUAGCCGGGUCCGCGGGGUAACCCGGCUCGGCAAUGGGUUUAAACAACCGCUGAAACCCUCUGCGAGUUCAUCAUGAUUCUCCAACAGCUAUUCAGGUUUUCCUCCAUUUUCCGCUCUGCCAUCUCAAUACACUUGCGUAGGAACAUUGGCCUUUCUGCUAUAGUGUUUAAUAAGGCGAAGGAACUUGAUCCAGUUCAGAAGCUCUUUAUAGACAAGAUCAGAGAAUACAACAUGAAGAGCCAGAAAGCUGGUGGUCCAGCUGAUGUAGGCCCUGAAUACCAGAAAAACAUGGCUGAAGAAAUUGCCAAAAUUCAGCGGUUAUAUGGUGGGGGAGACCUGACCAAAUUUCCAGACUUCAAAUUUGAGGAGCCCAACUUCGAAGAGUCUCAAAAAUGAUGUGGUUGGCGUCUGCAUUCCAAGCACUAGUGUCAUCUUUCUCAUGAAGUUGUUAAAUAGGCCAGCAGUUGUAAUUUAAUGUGGGGUUUCACUUUCAAAUACUUGUUUGACUUCUGAACUCAAUACAGUACAAGUACAACAUGAUUCUUGUGAACUGCCCUAUUCAUAAAAUUCACUUUUGGAAAUCAAA